AUGAACAACUCUUCAAAGUGCUGCGCUUUCAACGCACCAAUCUUGGAUCAAGUUCUGCCCCCUAUUCUAUUCACAGAAUUCAUUUUUGGCCUUAUGGGAAACGUCCUCGCUCUCUCAAUGUUCUUCUAUCACAGGGACACCUGGAAGCCCAAUUCUGUUUAUCUAGCCCACCUGGCCGUGGCAGAUUCUGUGGUCCUCUUCUGUCUGCCUUUCAGGGCUGACUACUACCGCAGAGGGAAGGACUGGGUGUACGGAGACGCUUUCUGCCGCAUUCUUCUCUUUCUCUUGGCCGCCAACAGGGCUGCUGGAAUAUUCUUCCUCACUGCCGUCGCCGUGGACCGCUACCUGAAGAUCGUCCACCCUAUCAACCGCAUCAAUCGAAUGGGUCUGCGCUAUGCCUCGUGGGUCUCGGUCGGUCUGUGGACUCUUAUUGUAGCCAUGACCGUCUACCUCUUAACAGACCAACAUUUCUAUUUUCAAAACAACCGCACACAGUGUGAGAGUUUCAACAUCUGUUUGGGACAUAAUUCACUGUCCGACUGGCACAAUUCGUUCUACGUUAUCCAGUUCUUUCUGCCUACUGGCAUUGUUACCUACUGCACGACCUGCAUUACGUGGCAGUUGAAGAGUAAGACGGUGGACACGCAGGGUAAAAUCAAGAGAGCCGUCCAGUUUGUCUUGGCAGUGGCUGUGGUUUUUAUUAUAUGUUUCUUCCCCAGCAAUGUCUCACGUAUUGCCGUGUGGGUCCUCAAGUCUUGGUAUAGCGAGUGCCAUUAUUUCGAAGACGCAAAUGUGGCUUUUUACACCACCGUCUGCUUCACUUACUUUAACAGCGUGCUCAACCCCAUAGUUUAUUACUUUUCCAGCCCUGCUUUCAGCGGAUCCCUCAAUAAAAUCUUCAUGAAACUCCUAGGAAAGAAAAUAGACGAUGAAGACAAUAGUUGUGCUACAAUAUCAACUAAGGUCUCUUAG